AUGCAAGUUAUCCUAGUAUAUGCGAUAGCGUAUGCGUCAGCGAUAGGGCUUUUACUAGGCUGGAGGCUUUCUCAAUAUCUCAUUACACGAGCCCGCCAGCGUAUCUUUUCAACCUUCACAAAAUGGGUGGUAUAUACUGUGAUUACGAGAAGGCUGAGUGGUAGCUCGGAUGUUACGGUCAUGGCAGGCACUAUUAUCGUGCUGCUUAUUGUCGCCAACUGUGUCGGAUCUGCUCUUUUAGUCCGAACUCGGGAUGAGCUAUCAUCACGUCUGGCGAAACUUAGCAUCACAAACUUGGUAAUCCUUUACCUUAGAGGCAGGUCUAACAUCUUACUAGACAAGGAUUUUAGGCUAUCCUAUACCGAACAUCAGUUAUUGCAUCGAUGGGUUGGGCGCGUCACAGUAAUUGAGGGAUUAGUUCAUGCGCUACUUAAGUUCUCGCAAUCGCGCUCAGCUAUCAAUCUAAUUAACCUCUUGCUCCUCUCCGUCUUAUGCACAAUUGGGGCGACUUUAAUUCUCCAUGUCAGACGGAGAAUCUACGAAUUGUUCCUUAAAACGCAUUCAGUCUUUGCUAUCGCUACUAUAGUCUUACUUUGGCUCCAUGUUAGGAUCCUUAACACUUAUAUCCUUUUUGUGUAUCGCAAUAUUAGGUCUAGUCCAACCUCUCAAGCAACAAUAUCACGAAGUACGCAUAUCGGGAUGGAAGAUGAGAUCAUACAAAUCAAAAUUAACAUAAAGCGGCCGUGGAUUGUAGUGCCUGGACAGUUCGUAUAUCUUUCUUUACCCCGGCUCUGCACCCUCGGUUUUGGGUUCUGGGAAUCCCAUCCUUUUAUGAUAGCCUGGGUCUCGGAAAAUGAGAAGGGUCAAGCAACGACAAUUAUGCUUCUCGUCCAGUGCUAUCGAGGGUUCACCCGCAAACUACAAAGUUGUAGAAAAGAUAUAUCUGCACUCGUCGAUGGCCCCUACGGCGGGGUAGAGGCAAGCUCUUUCGUCAAUUAUGAUAAAAUCUUGCUCAUGUCGAAUGGUAUCGGCAUCGCGGCUCAUCUGUACACAGCUCGUUAUCUAUUAUUUGCACAUGAUCGUCAGACUGCACGUGUUAGACGAUUAACUAUUCUCUGGGUACUUAAAAAUCACGAUCAAAUUUGUAUGGUAGAAGAAUUUCUCUAUGCCCUGAACGAUAUAGAUCAGAGACAAAUUCUUACCGUCUUCUGCUUUUACCCUAGUCAACCUGGAGACUCUACUACACAGCCAGUAACAAGCAACCGACCCCAAAGGCCUAGGAUGAUGUCUCUGACAUCGAGACUUGAUAUGUCUUGGUUCAUUAAGAGAGAGUGGGGUGCUGAAGCUGGUAAUAUGCUGGUAGCUGUGUGUGGAAGCCCAAAUUUUGAGCUGCGCGCAAGAAAAGCUAUUAGAUCAAGCUCGCAUGAGAUCGAUUUCCAAAACAGCGCUUUCCAACCCAGCGAAUCUCAGACGAGCAAACCAUCUGGGUUUAGAUACUAUCAAGGAGCGGGGGUAGGAGUUUAA